AUGCCAAAAGCCCGCAAGAAACUGCGCCGCAUCUCCUUGUCUCUACUUGUUGUGUUUCUCAGCCUGUGGAAACAACCACCCGCCUGGAUUCAAACUUCUCCGGAGCCUCCAGCUGCUUCUUCGCCGUCGAGAACUGCUGCAAUGCAGGUUUGGCUGGAGAGCGGCGCGAAACAGGAUGGCGUUGAUCGAGUGCUGGGUGAGGACCUUGAAAUCGCUGAUGAUGGUACUCUGCGACUCGACGGACGGACUGUUGGGUGCGCAGUGGACGUCUCGACCGGAGAUGGCCAAUCCAAGGCGCGGUCCUUGGCAGGCUGCGUGGAGUGGAUCCUGCUUGAGUUUGGCGAGUGGACGAUGAUUCCUGUGGAAAACAUCCUCGCCGCCUGCACCGGCGGGCCCACGCGGGUUGCAGCGCGCAUCCGCGACGCGGAGCAGGUGGUCGGGGUGGCAUUUGCUCUACAGAUAGGAGCAGAUGCGUUGCUUGUGCCGCCAGACGUCCUUGAAGCGGCACUCAUCGCGAAGGCCCAGCGUGGUGAGGUGGUUUCGGAGGAGGUGCCCGUGGAGCGCAGCACCUUCGAACUUGAAGAAUUUGAAGUGCUCGGCGUCGGUGAUGGUGGUGUUGGUCAGAGGGUGUGCGUGGAUCUCACGUGCCUCCUGGAAGUUGGUGAGGGUAUGCUUAUUGGGUCUUCCAGCUCCAGCCUGGUUCUGGUCCACGGAGAGACGCUGCAGUCCGACUUCGUUCCCUCGAGACCAUUCCGCGUGAAUGCCGGAGCAGUUCAUGCGUACAUCCUGAUGGCGGACGGCUCUACGAAGUACCUCAGCGAGCUUCGUAUGGGUGACGCAGUGGCCAUUGUGCACUGCAAUGGUCAGAGGAGAGUUGGCGUGGUGGGCCGCUGCAAGGUCGAGCGCCGACCUUUCCUCCUCAUCUCCUGGAUAAACUCCGGGGGCGGUGAGUCGGGGACCAUGCUGCAGCAAGCUGAGACAGUUCGGCUGCUUCAAGCAGCCGGCGGCUGCGUGUCCGUGACAGCCCUGCAGCCAGGCUCGCGCAUCCUCGGCUGGACGUCGGAAGGAGGUCGCCACAUUGGAACCAAGGUCACGGGGGAGAUUGCAGAGCACUGA